AAACCAAAACAACAUUACUCUGCUUCACCAUAUUUUGGAGGAGGUUGAAAAAAAACAUAGAGAUCUCCUGCAGCUUCCCAGAGAUCUUGACUUUGUUUCCAAGGCAGUGGGAAUCCACAUUGACGCCAUGCAGGCCGAGGCAGGUGCCAAUUUGAAGAAACUGCUGGAAAUAGAGAAGCGUUUAUUUUUGUCGACAGAUGAUUUAAAAAUACAGCAUGGAAAAUCUGUGCAAGGCAGCCUCAAUGCUUCAAAGGACCUGCAGAAGGAAUUUGCCACCAUUGAAAAGAAGAAGGAAGAACUUGCAGAUUAUCUUUGUGAAGACCGAAAAAAUUUGUCUUUGGAAGAUGUAUUCAACAUAAUGAAAACCUUCAGAGAGAUCUUCCUCAAGACAUUACAGGAAAAUCAAGAAAGGAAGGAGCAAGCUGCAAAAUCUGAGAAAAGGAAGAAAUGUUUUAAAGGAGAAGAUGCAAAGAGGCUAAAGGGAGAGUAUGGAAAGUGUCAUACAUUUAGCAAUUAA